GGUCAAUGGAACCAGUACCGAACCGAUACGGCACCAGGGGGUCAAUGGAACCAGUACCGAACCGAUACGGCACCAGGGGGUCAAUGGAACCAGUACCGAACCGAUACGGCACCAGGGGGUCAAUGGAACCAGUACCGAACCGAUACGGCACCAGGGGGUCAAUGGAACCAGUACCGAACCGAUACGGCACCAGGGGGUCAAUGGAACCAGGACCGAACCGAUACGGCACCAGGGGGUCAAUGGAACCAGUACCGAACCGAUACGGCACCAGGGGGUCAGCGGAACCAGUACCGAACCGAUACGGCACCAGGGGGUCAGCGGAACCAGUACCGAACCGAUACGGCACCAGGGGGUCAGCGGAACCAGUACCGAACCGAUACGGCACCAGUGGGUCAAUGGAACCAGGACCGAACCGAUACGGCACCAGGGGGUCAGCGGAACCAGUACCGAACCGGUACGGCACCAGGGGGUCAGCGGAACCAGUACCGAACUGAUAUGGCACCAAUGGGUCAAUGGCACCGUUGGGUCAACGGCACCUUUGGGUCAGUGGCACCAUUGGGUCAAUGGCACCAUUGGGUCAGCGGCACCAUUGGGUCAACGGAACCAAUACAGAACCAAUAUGGCACCGUUGCGUCAAUGGCACCAUUGGGUCAGCAGCACCAUUGGGUCAACAGAACCAAUGCAGAACCGAUAUGGCUCCAGUGGGUCAAUGGCACCGUUGGGUCAGCGGCACCAUUGGGUCAACGGCACCAUUGGGUCAACAGAACCAAUACGGCACUGAUAUGGCACCAUUGGGUCAACGGCACUGUUGGGUCAACAGCACCAUUGGGUCAGCGGCACCAUUGGGUCAACGGAACCAAUACAGAACCAAUAUGGCACCUUUGGGUCAAUGGCACCAUUGGGUCAAUGGCACCAUUGGGUCAGCAGCACCAUUGGGUCAACGGAACCAAUGCAGAACCGAUAUGGCUCCAGUGGGUCAAUGGCACCGUUGGGUCAACGGCACCGUUGGGUCAGCGGCACCAUUGGGUCAACGGAACCAAUACAGAACCAAUAUGGCACCGUUGGGUCAAUGGCACCAUUGGGUCAGCAGCACCAUUGGGUCAACGGAACCAAUGCAGAACCGAUAUGGCUCCAGUGGGUCAAUGGCACCGUUGGGUCAGCGGCACCAUUGGGUCAACGGCACCAUUGGGUCAACGGAACCAAUACAGAACCAAUAUGGCACCGUUGGGUCAACGGCACCAUUGGGUCAGCAGCACCAUUGGGUCAACGGAACCAAUGCAGAACCGAUAUGGCUCCAGUGGGUCAAUGGCACCGUUGGGUCAACAGCACCGUUGGGUCAACGGAACCAAUAUGGAACCAAUAUGGCACCAGUGGAUCAAUGGCACCAUUGGGUCAAUGGCACCAAUAUGGCACCAAUAUGGCGCCAGUGGGUCAACGGCACCGUUGGGUCAAUGGUACCAUUGGGUCAAUGGCACUGUUGGGUCAGCGGUACCAUUGGGUCAACGGCACCAUUGGGUCAACGGCACCAUUGGGUCAGCAGCACCAUUGGGUCAACGGAACCAAUACGGAACCGAUAUGGCUCCAGUGGGUCAAUGGCACCGUUGGGUCAACGGCACCGUUGGGUCAGCGGCACCAUUGGGUCAAUGGCACCAUUGGGUCAGCGGCACCAUUGGGUCAACGGCAUCAUUACAGCUCCACCACGGUACCAUUGGGUCAACGGCACCAUUGGGUCAAUGACACCAUUGGGUCAACGGCGCCAUUACAGCUCCACCACAGUACCAUUGGGUCAAUGGCACCAAUACGGCACCAAUAUGGCACCAUUGGGUCAAUGACACUUUUGGGUCAAUGGCACCAAUACGGCACCAAUAUGGCACCAUUGGGUCAACGGCACCAUUGGGUCAACGACUCCAUUGGGUCAACGGCACCAUUGGGUCAACGGCACCAUUGGGUCAACGGUACCAUUGGGUCAAUGACUCCAUGGGGUCAACGGCACCAUUGGGUCAACGGCACCAUUGGGUCAAUGGCACCAAUACGGAACCAAUAUGGCACCAGUGGGUCAACGACUCCAUUGGGUCAACGGCACCAUUGGGUCAACGGCACCAUUGGGUCAAUGACUCCAUUGGGUCAACGGCACCAUUGGGUCAAUGACUCCAUUGGGUCAACGGCACCAAUAUGGCACCAUUGGGUCAACGGCACCAAUACGGCACCAUUGGGCCAACGGCUCCAUUACAGCUCCCCCACGGCACCAAUCGGGGGUGUCCCCAUUGUCCCCAUGGUGGUGGUGUCCCCAUCCCGGUGCUGUCCCCAUUGUCCCCAUGGUAAUGACCCCACAAAUCACGACGACCCCAAAUAG